AUGCGAGUACUUUUGCAACAAGAUGAAACUGCAAAUGUGUUUGCGAAGCAGAUGUUAGACAUUGGAAAUAAUAAAAUUGCAGUGGACACCUCGACCGAAUUCAUCACAUUACCUACAGAUUUCUGUCACAUCACAGACUCAAAAGUGGAGCUUAUUCAGCGAAAUUUCCCAGAUAUAGCGCAAAAGUUCAAUAACCAUAAUUGGCUGGCUGAACGAGCAAUUUUAGCAGCGAAAAAUAAAGAUGUGGAGGAUCUUAAUGCGACCAUUCAGAAUUUUCUUCCAGGACAGUUGGUUUCCUUCAGAUCAGUCGACACCGUAAUGAACCAGGAUGACGUAAUCAACUAUCCCACUGAGUUCUUAAAUUCACUGGAAUCGACUGGAUUACCACCUCACAAUUUGCAGUUAAAAGUAGGAUCAGUUGUCAAUAUGCUGCGUAACAUUAAUCAACCCUUUACUAUGCAAUGGAACAAGACUGCCUGUGAAAAGACUGAUGAAUAA